ACAUUCUCUAGUGUUUUCACUAAUAAACCACAGUGGACUCAUGUGUCCUCUGUAGUUAUAUUUUAAUGGAGUUGAUAUAAUAUUUCCUUUCCCCUCCCUUCUGUUAUUCCCACCCUUCCAGAAAUAUAAUAGGAUUACCUUAAUUCAGUUUGUUUAUCAUGAUGGACCGAUCUAAUUUGAUUGAGGGUGGACUACUUUCUUCCCUCCUGAGGGUGAGAGAAAUACGUGUGGAGGGAAGGCUAGAGAGAGAGGGGGGGAGGAAAAGGCGUAUCCCGGGGAAAGAGAUAUUGUUGAUGUGUAACAGGUCGUUUGCGCUCGUACCGUGAGAAAUAUCGACUCAGAGAACACACGAUAUAGACUUGCAGUUUUGGGAAAAUUUUUGGUUUCAUAGCUGUAUCUUAGAUUCAGUUUUGAUACGAGUUAAAACUUUUAGAGUCGCUGUCUUCCAGUAUCUGUCGUUAGAGUUACCAGUAGUAGGCCUAGGUGUGUAUCCCAGAUAUCCUGCACUGCAAGGGGGCUCAAUGUUUCUCUACACACGGACACUUCCAGGAUGACCAGGAGGAUGUUUUAGUAUAAUAUCUAUGAAGGAAGAGCCCAUCGGUGGGAUGAAGGAUCGACUGGCUGAGUUAACUGUUAGUAGGACACAAGCAGAGGAGGAUGUUGCAGUGGCUGUGGACAGAGAUGGCUUUAUGGAGAGCUUUUUCAGAAAGGUGGAAGAGGUUCGAGGACUCAUGGAUAAGAUCUCCUACCAAGUGGAAGAGGUGAGGAAGAUGCACAGCAUGAUCCUGUCUGCACCCAACCCAGAUGACAGAACAAAGGAUCAAUUGCUUUCACUGACAAAUGAUAUUAAAGGGAACGCCAACGUGGUGCGGACCAAACUUAAAUCCAUGGAGCAAAGUAUGCCCAAAGAUGAUGCAACCAACAGAUCCUCUGUGGACUUAAGGAUUCAGAAAACACAGCACACAGUGCUGUCCAGGAAGUUUGUGGAGGUCAUGACCCAGUACAAUGAGACGCAAGUGUCCUUUCGGGAAAGAAGCAAAGGAAGGAUCCAGAGACAGCUGGAGAUAACGGGACGAGUGACCACCAAUGAAGAGCUAGAGGACAUGUUGGAAAGUGGAAAUCCAUCCAUCUUCACCUCGGAUAUAAUUUCUGAUUCCCAGAUCACUCGUCAGGCCCUGAAUGAGAUCGAGUCUCGACAUCAGGACAUUAUCCGUCUGGAGACUAGCAUCAGAGAGCUCCAUGCUAUGUUCAUGGACAUGGCAAUGCUGGUAGAAACUCAGGGUGAAAUGGUUGACAACAUUGAGAAUAAUGUCUCCAAUGCAGCUGAAUACAUUUGUAGUGCAAAGGAAGAGACCAAAAAGGCAUUGAGAUACCAGAAGAAAUCCCGGAGGAAAUACAUUAUCCUUGCCUUUGCUCUGUUGAUCCUGCUUGCUGUCAUUGCACUAAUUGUUGGCCUGUCUGUUGGACUAACCAAACCCCCUGUCUGAGAACUACUGAGAAACUUCUCCGCCUUGCCAUGUGUGGAGCUGCAGGUCUCCUCCUUUUACUCAUCAUAUUAGUAGGGACCUUUGAGUGAUGGAUUUCAUGGUUCACAAACACUCAGCAGCAGUCAGCUCCUGUGGUGAUGGAGCCAAAAACAGCUUUAUUAUAACACAAUAGUAAGUCAUAACAAGUCAUUCACUGUCCAACAGCAUUACGGAGAGGAUCUCACAAAUACUGAUCUGCUUACGGGUAACAUCAUACCUCAUGAUACACUGCUCUGGAGCUAGAGUGAGGCUCUCUUUAGAAGAUGUACCUUUACAUAUGCGGUGACAUAAUACACAGUGAUAGCACAUCAGAUGUAUACACUGGUCGACAGUCUGUAUUGCUGCCAUUCUAACAUGUGAGUUGUGAAAUAAAUUUAAAAUGUGUGUCACUGUUGGACCUUUCUUGCUCUACUGACUUUAAAAGUAUAGUUCAAUGUUUUGGUGAAAAGUUUAUUCAACCUCUUACUCAAAGUAAGAUGAAAAAUUGAAACCACUUUCAUGUCUAUAUGGAAAACAUUAGGGUAGACUAGCAGUCAGUUAGCUUAGCUUUGUUUAGCUUAGCUUAGCAUUAAGACUGGUAACAGAAAUAAUUUGCAUAACUGUGUCCCGAAGUUCCACUAUAAGUUUUACAGGAGGGUUAACAUGCCAAGUUAUUUCAUGGCAAAGCAUAGUGACUUCAUGGAGUCUUGUUUUCAUUCUUAAAGCUGCUGUUGGUAGUCGUAGAGUAAACAACUGUUCAGAGAGAGGGACUUCGAAUGUCAACACUAUCCCUCCCAACCGGACUACCACUUAGCCCCUCAACACAGAUCGGUGUGUGCAGUCAUGAUAGUGCUGGACUCAUAACCAAUCGGAGGACUUUGUAGGGGCCGUCCCUUAACCAAUCAGGACAGAGGAUUGGAGAUUAGCUAUAAUUGGUCCGUCAUAACCAAGGGAGCCGGCUCCUCCCCUGGUGGUGAAGCUUUCAGCAGUGUGUCUGCCCCCUGGUGGAUGGCUGCAGUAUAGGUCAACAAAUCUGUCUCCCCUGUUCCUUUGAAUGGGGGAGCUGUCAAACUUUAAAAAAUAAAUACACGUACGAGUGUUUCUCACAUCCGUAUGCUGUGGUGAUAUGUAGUUAUUAUUUGACUGUUUUGUGUCCAAGGCCUCUUUUUCCUGAAAAGUUUCUUUUUCGUUAGUUAUUAGAGUUUAAAAAAACGGGGUUUUACUUCCGGGUUUCCUUUGAUUCACAGCCACCGUAGAGGGGAACUUCAAAGGACACACAACGUCUUGUGACGUUACGCUGUAGGGCGGAGCUCGUUACAGUGGCUCCACAGGCUCUGGCUGCACAAUGGCAGCGCCCAGGAGCGGGAUUUUUUGCCUUCAGAACCGUACAACGGGAACAGGCGGAGCAACGCUGUCCAUUUUUAUUUACAGUCUAUGGUCCAAACGGGAAAGAGGGGACCUUGUUAAACACAGAGAUUUCGCAAUAGUCUCAAAUUACUCCACUUACCGAUGAGUAACGAUGGGCAUUAUGACCUUUUCUCCAAACCCAGCAGAAAAAAAGUAACGUUUUUUACACCAUUCCUACCAUCAGCAGCUUUAAGUAACCAGGCAUCAAACAGAAACUCCUGGAGGUAACCCUUCUUGCACACCCUCAGGGAAACCCACAGUCUCAUUUUACACUAAUUUAGUGUACAGAUUAAAUUAACAACAUAUCAAGCUGACCCUAGAAGUGAUGGAAAGCUGGUUUUAUCACCUUGAGACAGAGCCUAGCUAGAAGUUACCAUUUGUUUUCAGUUUUUAAACUAAGCUAAGCUAAUCAGCUGCUUGCUACAGCCUUAUUAAAGAGUUAUCGUCUCGUGAUCCUACCCUUGAUGAGGAAGCUAUUUCGCCAAAAUGUUAAAAUAUUGUUUUAAUAUUCAAAAGAUAUUGUGCAAUUAUUAAUCGAUCUAUAAACUGACUGUAAAUUGUGUUUGGAUGUGCUAGCAUAUGCUCCUAAUGUUAUCUUGUCAUUUUGUUUAUACACUGUUACUCAUGUGAAUUGAAUGUAAAACUGACAUGACUCAGGAGAAUCCAAGAAAGAGAGCUGAUGUACUUAGUCACAAGUUACUUUCAGAUUGAUCAAUUGAAAUCACUUUACAACACAUCUCUAAGUAACUUAUGUGACGUGCCUUCUUUAUAUUUCAUAUUAGACCUUAACUUAUUGAACUGUAUUCAUCACAGUCACCGGUGUGUGAUGACUGAAGAGUUGUGAAAAGUCAUGCAGCCGCAUUGAACUAUUGAACAAUGUUAUUUCAGGAGCACACUUUUCUUUCAUACUUGUAAAUCUUGUUGAUUUCUUUUUCAAGUUAUUUUUUUUUGUACUAAAAGACAAUUAAUUGGCAAUGUCAUUAAAAAAGAAAUAACCCAAAGUCUAUGGGGAUUGUAUUGUUCAUUUCCUUUCAUGAAGAUAAUAAAUUAAAUAUCUCAGUAAAAACUCACUUCAAAUAUUUUAAAUUGGAGACCCCCCAGAAUUUCUCCGACAGAGCUGAAUUGAUAGUCUUUGUUCUUUUAACCCCACACAUUUGGUGUUUUUAGUUUGUUUACAGGAAAACAGAAAAAAGAGGCUGCUGUUAACUUCAGGUCUAAUGAGCACUUUGCACAAAGCGCUUGACUUCUGUGUAAUCAAUCAAACAAGAUUAGUGAAGAGAGGAAGUGAGUCUCCAGAAGGCAACUCCCACUCUGUCUUUGAAUGAGAUCAAAGAAAAUUUAGAGGUGCACUUGGAGAACCAGUGAACAUCCUAAAAAUCUGCUCAUGGGGAUGUCUGAGGUCACUGAACAAGAUAUCUGAGAUUUCAAGUGAAAUUAUAAAGAAAUGUUAGACUUGGACAAAGAAGAUGCUUUUUAAUUAGCGUCCGUCAGGAUAAGCUUAGAGACUUGAAGUUGUGCUCAUUGAGGACUAACUAUGUUUGAAUGAUAUCAAAUAAAACAUGUUGUGUCUUCAGCUGUCA